CCCUAGACUCCAGAGGUUAUUGAUUUUACAGGUACCAAUCUUGAUUUUCUAGCAUUGAUACUCUGCUCUGGUUCUCCAGGUACCAAUCUUGAUUGUCUCUCUCUUCGGACUCAAAUUUCUGGAGCUCGGCGAUGUUCUCGAUGAACUGGAUCUUUUCGCAUUGAUUCGAAAAUUGAUACGGGGGCUUCUUUUGCUUUUAUAAUUUGCACUCUCUUCGAGAUUCUUAUUGUGCACAUGAAUUUAGAGAGUGGUUUAUAGUUUUUUAUCCGAGCACAUUUCGUCUCAUUCCUGCUAGAUGAUUGUGUGAAAAAUUAUAUUUUUAUCUUGCGCCUUUUAUAUCAAUGGCUGUUGACUCUGGCGAUGGCAUUCAAAGUAAAGUGCUAGUUGAUGAUAGAGAUAUUGGUUUUAUGGCGGAGAAGAAUAUUGCACAAUGUGUUAAAAAUAUUGAACCAAUCAGUAGCCUAGGACUACAAAACUUACAGCGAAGGGUUAGUCCAAGGCUUCAAAACACGCCUGAUGAUCAAAAGCCUUUCUAUGGUAGCAAUGGAAAGAGGUUAUCGGAUGGCCUCAAAGAUAAAGUUUGCGAGAAAAGGGCUAAGAUGGUGUUUGUGGAAGACAUUCGUUGUAAAGAGAAUGCUGUUACGGCAAAGAAGAAUGUUGCACAAUGUGUUGAACAGACUGAACCAAACAGUAGCCGAGGACUACAAACUUUACAGCGAAGGGUUAGUCCAAGGCUUCAGAAUAUACCUGAUGAUCAGAAGCCUUUCUAUGGUAGUAAUAGAAAGAGGUUAUCAGAUGGCCUCAAAGAUAAAGUUAGCGAGAAAGGGAUUAAAGUGGAGUUCGGGGAAGACAUUCGUUGCAAAGAGAAUGUUGUUACAGCAAAGAAGAAUGUUGCACAAUGUGUUGAAAAGAUUGAACCAAACAGUAGCCAAGGACAACGAAAUUUCCAGCAAAGGAUUAGUCCAAGGCUUCAAAACAUACCUGCUGAUCAAAAGCCUUUCUAUGGUAGUAAUAGAAAGAGGUUAUCGGAUGGCCUCAAAGAUAAAGUUAGCAAUAAAGGGACUAAAGUGGAGUUCGUGGAAGACAUUCAUUGUAAAGAGAAUGUUGCACAAUGUGUUGAAAGGAUUGAACCAAACAGUAGCCAAGGAAAACAAAACUUGCAGCAGAGGAUUAGUCCAAGGCUUCAAAACAUACCUGAUGAUCAGAAGCCUUUCUAUGGUAGUAGUAGAAAGAGGUUAUCGGAUGGCCUCAAAGAUAAAGUUAGCAAUAAAGGGACUAACGUUGAGUUUGUGGAAGACAUUCGAUGUAGAAGAAAUCUGGCGAUGAGUCGUAACAGCGGUCGUGCUCAAGUUGAUAAUUCGGAUAAAAGUGUGGCGAGGGUGAAAAGGACAUUGAGGGUUUUCAACACGUUUUACCUUCGCUUUGUUCAGGAAGAGGAGAAGAGAUGCAAGAAGCCUACGGAUAAUGAUUUGCAAGUUUCUAAUGGUUCAGAAAAUAAUAAUGGGAAUGCAUCAGAUGAUUAUUCAAGGAGAUGUUCCAAGCGACCUGAUCUGAAGGCAAUUUCUGAGAUGGUGAAGUCAAAUAAAAUUUUGUAUCCUAAGAAAAUAGGUCAUCUACCAGGUAUUGAUGUCGGGCAUCAAUUCUAUUCUCGGGCUGAAAUGGUGGCUGUAGGUCUUCAUGGACUUUGGUUGAGUGGAAUUGAUUAUAUUGGAGAAUCUUGCAAAAUGAAGGAGUACCAGAACUUUUCCUUGCCACUUGCCGUUUCAAUCGUGUUGUCUGGCCAAUAUGAAGAUGAUGUUGAUAAUGCAGAAGAAGUUGUGUAUACAGGUCAAGGUGGAAAUGACUUACUUGGCAAUAAGCGUCAAAUUAAGGAUCAAGUUAUGUGUCGUGGUAAUUUAGCUCUUAAGAACAGCAUGGAUCAAGAUUUAUGUGUUAGAGUGAUACGUGGGCAUAAAUGUGCUAGUAGUUAUACUCGCAAAGUUUACACAUAUGAUGGUUUGUACAAGGUUGAUCAUUUUUGGAAAGAGAGAGGUGUUGCUGGAUAUAUUGUUUUUAAGUAUCGUUUAAAGCGAAUUAAAGGACAGCCCAAAUUGGUCACAAAUCAAGUAGAUUUUGCUAGGCGGCGAGUCUCUAACGGUCAUUUUGAAUUAGAUGGAUUGGUGUGUAAGGACAUCUGUGGUGGUCAAGAGAAUAUAUGUAUUCCUGUUACAAAUAUAUGUGAUGUUCCUCCUGUUGUACCCUCAGGUUUUAAAUAUAUCAAGUCUAUUCAAGUUGCAGAAAAUGUAAUUAUCCCUCCGGAUGCUCCCGGAUGCAAUUGCAAAGGAAAAUGUACUAAUGCUGCGAAGUGUGAUUGUGCUCGACUUAAUGGCAAUGACUUUCCAUAUGUGCACCAAGAUGGUGGCAGACUAGUUGAACCAACGGAUGUUGUGUUUGAAUGUGGUCCAAGAUGUGGCUGUGGACCUAGUUGCCUCAAUCGUACAUCUCAGCAGGGAAUGAAAUACCAACUUGAGGUCUAUCGUACGGAGAAUAAGGGCUGGGCUGUUAGGUCUAGGGACUUUAUUCCUUCAGGUGCUCCAGUUUGUGAAUAUGUUGGAAUUCUCAGGAAGAAUGAUGAAUUAGACAAUGUCUCAGGGAAUGACUAUAUAUUUGACAUUGAUUGCUGGCAAACAAUGAAUGAGAUAGGAGGAAGAGAGCGGCGAUUACGUGAUGUAUCUCUACCUUUAAGUGGUCAUGCUAAGGAAAGAUAUGACAAGAUAUCAGAAAAUGGACCUGAGUUUUGCCUAGAUGCAGGUUCUUAUGGUAAUGUUGCCAGAUUUAUCAAUCAUAGCUGUGAGCCUAACCUCUUUGUUCAGUGUGUUUUGAGUUCCCACCACGAUGUUAGACUUGCGCGAGUGAUUUUGUUUGCUGCGGAUAACGUACCUCCUAUGCAGGAACUAACUUAUGACUACGGAUACGAACUUGAUAGCGUCGUCGGUCCUGAUGGAAAAGUAAAGAAGUUGCCGUGCUAUUGUGGUGCGCAAGACUGUCGGAAGCGUUUGUAUUAGGCAGAUGAAGUUUCUCAUCUUAGUAAUAUUGUGUCGAUUCACCACAAACCUCAUUUUUGUAUGUAGGGCCCACAAGUCAAAUUCAAAUGUAAAUUAUCUUACAGGAUUUUUAUCUAAUUAUUAUUUAGUUUUAUAUCAAAUUUUGUGUCUAUUAACGUUG